AAGAAAUAUGGAAACCGUGCUGUGAAAUAAUGCCAAUUGAUGAACAAUUUGUAUUUACAAUAUCUAAUAAUCAUAAUAUCCUUAAUGACAAUCUAGAAUUGGGUAAAAGGGGGAUAUUACAUUCAAUUAGAUUUGGAGGCAAUUGGUUGGAUUUUAUAGUAAUAGCCAUUGAAUUGAGAAUACCAGUUAGGCAGUAG